AUGAUCAACAACUUAAUAUAUAUGAAAUGGAUAGGCUUUCUAUCACACAAUAAUGUUCCUAAAGCUCAUAUAUAUGUUCGACAUAAAACCUCUAAAGACUUGGAACUUUCAAACAUACCAUCUGAAUCCAUCCAGCAUGUAAUGAGGGAUUUGGCUUUAAAAAAGACUCUUCCAUUAGGUGGAAAGUUGAUUACUAUAAAAGAAAACAUGUGUACGAAAUACUGGACAACUUCAGCUAGUUCUGAAAUUUUACAUGACUACGUAUCUCCAUUUGAGGCUACUUUAGUGGAAGCUCUCGAGAAGAACGGUGGCGUAAUAAUUGGCAAGACAAAUAUGGAUGAAUUUGCAAUGGGAACUAGUACCCACAAUACUUUGCAUGGGCGAACAGCGUUUCCACAUACUGAUAAUGAGUUGUAUCAGGUUGGAGGAAGUUCUGGUGGUUGUGCCGCAUCCGUUGCUGCUGACUUAGCUUUUGCGUCUAUUGGUACAGACACAGGAGGUUCAGUACGUUCACCAGCUGCUUACGUCGGAUGUGUUGGUUUCAAACCUUCUUUUGGAAGAAUCUCUCGUUAUGGCGUUAUUCCUUUUGCCCACAGUAUGGAUACAGUUGGAAUUGUUGCCAAGGACGUUGGAAGUGUACAAACAGUAUUUGACGUGUUGGAUCAGCCAGAUUCUAAGGAUGCUACCUGUUUGACAAUACAGUUACGUAAAACUAUUGAUGACCAUUGUCACUACUUUAAAUCGACAGAAAGGCCAGUGGUCGUUGGAGUACCAACGGACUGGAAUAUAACCGAGACCCAUCCUGAGGUUUUGCAAAAAUGGAACGAAUUUCUUUCCUUGUUGGAGUCCCAAGGAUGUGAAGUUCGUGAAAUUCAACUUCCUAACUCUCUUUACGGUUUAAGCAUUUAUGCAGCAUUGGCUUAUGCUGAAGGUGUUACUAAUUUGGCUCGUUUUAGCAACCCCAUAUUUGGAUCUAAAUUACAAGAAGGUGAAUUUCAUGACGGUGUAGACCCACGGUCUCAUCUUAUGGGAUUGGAGGUUCAAAAGCGUUUAUUAAUAGGCGCUUAUUCUUUAUCUUUUGGAAAGGAUAAUGGUAUAAACCAGAAAGCUCAGCUAAUGAGACGAGCCGUUCAAUUGGAAUUUAAUAGAUCCUUUAAAAUCCCAUCUCUACAGGAGUCGGAUCCUUCCGGUGAUGUCGAUUUUAUCGUUACACCUUCUUUUUUGAAGCCAACUCAGCCGAUUGGAGCAAGCUCUCCUACAGACUUCUUAUCAGACAGCAUGCUAGUUCCCUCAAGUUUAGCGGGUUUACCGUCUAUUAGUAUACCUUUUGGUAAAAUAUGUGGUGGUUUACCAAUGGGAAUACAGCUAAUUGCUCAGUAUGGUGAUGAUAAUUCCCUGUUAUCCUUUGCCAAACGGUUUUGUUAG